AUGCUUCCUUUUCAGGAGCAGAUCAUCGCCGACCUCCUCGAAGACCCCAACGGAGGCGUUGUCGUCCUCUCCUCCGGCCUCCCCAUCCACUCCCUCGUCGCUUCCCUCCUUCUCCUCCACCACCCCUCCCAAGGCUCCCUCCUCAUCCUCUCCGCUUCCGACUCCCAGAAAUCCUCCAUCUCCCGCUCCCUCCUUCGCCUCCUCCAAAACGAUAACCCUAACCCUAACCCAUUACUCCCAACCGACAUCCCUGGUGACGUUCUGUCCCACCACCGCACCGCUCUCUACGCCAGCGGCGCCUCUUACUUCGUCACGCCUCGUAUCCUCAUUGCCGACCUCCUCACAUCUCGUGUCCCGCCCUCCUCAAUCGCCGGUAUCCUCAUCCUCAACGCCCACCGCCUCACCGAUACUUCCACGGAGGCCUUCAUUGCCCGCAUCCUGCGUUCUCUCUCCCGCAACGCUUAUGUUCGUGCACUCACCGACCGUCCUCACGCCAUGGUCUCCGGGUUUUCCAAGGCUGAACGAAUCAUGAAGUGCUUGUACGUGAGGCGGCUCCAUCUCUGGCCGCGCUUCCAUGUUCUUGUCUCUGGUGACCUCGAGCAGAGUCCGCCGGAGGUGGUGGAUAUCAGGGUGCCGAUGACGCCUGCAAUGAGGGGGAUUCAGCAGGCUGUGUUGGAGACGAUGGAUGCUUGUCUCAAGGAGCUCAGAAGGACUAACAAGGUCGAUGUCGAGGAUCUUACGGUGGAGAAUGGGCUAUUCAAGUCAUUUGAUGAGGUUGUGAGGAGGCAGCUUGAUCCCAUAUGGCAUACGCUUGGGAAGAAAACCAAGCAGUUGGUCAGUGAUUUAAGAACACUGAGGAAAUUGUUGGAUUAUCUUGUCAGGUACCUUCUUUAUCUGAUAAAGCAGCCUGAAAAAAAGGAAUUUUCGUUGGAGUGGACUGGAUUGCUAUUUGAUUUAGAUUAA